AUGGUUUUGCUAUCAUAUGCGGCGGCGGCGGCCAGCUCGGCGGGUUCGUACGCUGUUUCGACAGCCUCGUCCUAUGUCUUCCGCAGCGAUGCCUCGACGUCGACCGCUCCUUCACCUGCUUCAUCCUCCAAGUCGUCCAAAAAAGCGAGCUCCUUCAUGCCCGCCACACCCGCACACGCCGCACGCCAGAACGGCGCAUCGAAGAAGGGCACGUCUCCGCCAGCCCUGAACCGCCGCCUCUCCGUUCGCCGCGGUCAAUCUCGUAACCGUCUUCCUUCCGCCGCUCGUCCGCUUGCUGCUGAGCCACCAAUCGAAGAACGAGGAGAAGGGGAAGAUCUUGUCGAUACGGUCAACCUGGAGGAGGACUUGUACGCCAUUCUGGGAGUCGGGAGGAAGGCAAAGACGGAUGAGAUUCGGCGGGCGUUCUUGGCGAGGAGCAGGAUCAUCCAUCCCGACAAACUUCCUCUUUACCCGCCGGCUACAACGGCCUUCCAACGCCUCUCUUACGCCUACGAGACGCUCUCGAAGCCCAGUUCUCGUCGCUUGUACGAUCUUGGAGGAGGAAGAGGCUACGAUCCAGCCAAGUCCCCUGCGCCUUCCGACAACAUGGCCGACGAGACGCUGAACAGCGUCUUGCGCAACGUGAUCAACGAGUUCCUCAAUGGCGACUUUGAGAUGAUUCGCGUCUUCGUCACCGCCAUGAACGAGAGCAAUCCAGGUCUCAACAUUGGCGACGAGGCUGUCGACAGCGUCGAGGGCGCUUUCAGGCGUGUACGCGAAGUCCUGCUGGCGGGAUCACGCUACCUCAGCCUCAUCAAGUUCGAGCUCUGCCGCCUCUACGAGAUCCAGUCGUCGCUCCGUUCCCUCUCCUACUUCGACGUCUACGGCCGCCUCCGCCUCACCCUUGCCCUCACGCGCGUCACUCUCGAAAUUCCGAUGGUCCUCGACAAGGCGAUGCGCGAAGAGCUUCCCGCGCCGCCGCCUUCUCCGGCAACCGACUCCAGUCGCAAGCGCGGGGAUUCGAGGAGUUCGCGUCCUGCGCCGGACGGUGGGCAGCUUGAGCGGAGGGGACUGCUCGGUACGAAGACGAGGGGGAUGCUCGUUCUUACAUGCAAGAUGCUCGAGAAGGCGGAGCGUUGGGCCGGCACGCCUUCCUCGCCGACUUCCUCCUCCAAGGUGGCAGCUUGA